GUCUCUUGUCCCAUAAUAGGAUAUCCACUAGUCACGUAUGAAACUAUAUCUUCAUGAAACGUGACUGUUUAAGCCUAGAUACUUCACUCCACCAAGCGCGCCUAAUCCACUGCACCACAGGCGCCUAGGCCCUGCAAAACUAGCGCCUAGAGGGCUGGUGCCGCCCGUUAGCACUCCAACGAUCAAGUCAGUGCUGAUCCUAGAGAGAUAAGUGAAGAAAUAGAACUUAGUGAGAGAAACCGACCUGAGUAAAUGCCACCUACCGAGUGCUAUUUAUACUACUCGAGCUCCUCGGCCAUGCUCCGACCAACUCCUGCCACCAAGCCUUACGUCAGCCAAGCAUUAAAUGCCUGGUCUGGUCCAACGUCCGAGCGCCUACACGUGGCGCGUCGUCCGACUCUGGCGUCAGGGCGCAUGGGGGGACCAUUCGCCUACGUGGUGCUUUUCCGACCAUCCUCAGCCGUACUUCUUUGUCCACGAGUCUAUUUUGUCGCCAUGCGCCCCUUUACCGUUGGUGCCUCCCAAGUCAUGUCUCAAUGGGCCACUAAUGGGCUCCAAGCCCAUCAGGCUUUGGGCUUAGAUGGGCUUAUCUAUGUUUCCCCAACAAUUGCCCCCCAGUUAGGUACUCACAUGUGAGUGCCUAAUUAUGAAAGAACUGAUUUAGCGCGAGGGGCUCUGUUAAGGUACCCGUUCACCGUUCAUCCUUACAAGGGAUUUUAGCAAGUGCCUGGCACCACCUUGCCCCCCACACCAUGUGUCUGUUGGCCUCUACCGACGCUUGUGAACUUUCACCCGCUUUUAUGAAAACAAGGUGAAACAGGUGCCUGUUCGUGACCCCUCCCCUGCCUUUAUUCAACCGGGCGCCUGUUUGUGGCUCUUUGCCUGCUUGCAUAAAGAUAGGCGCAUAAU